AUUUAAAAAUGGCCGCGAUAUUGCGUUAGAAACCAGCUUGAUUGCUGUCAAAAUAAAUACGUUACGAUUGAUAUACGUCAUUGCAACCGUCAUGGUGAAAUACGUCAAUGGCCUAUCUUAUUUAUAAUCUCUCGAUCAGGUCUGCCAAAUAUUUUGACGUAAGAUUAGCCGGAUGUGCCGCGAUACGACAUUGUUACGAGAAUCGCGAACACGCACUUUUGUCGCUCUGAUUUCAUUCUGUUGGAAAAACAUAAGAUUUUGCUCGCGCCUCUUUUCUCGCAUUUUUCUCAGGUAAAUAGAAUAGAGCUAGAAGCACUAGAAGACCAUUUAACAAGAUCAGUUGCGGUGGGGGUUAGCGUUCGUUACGAGAGUCGUGGAGUCGAAUAGUGCAUAGUUUUGUAUUCGUUAACAAACGAGGGAAGAAAACAGCGAUGUCACCCGGGAUUAACGGUGGUGGUAGUCCCCGUAAUACGGGCACCGUGCCGAAAAGCAAUCGCAGGAACGAUAGAAACCGAGAGCAGUCCGCUGUUAAUCAGCAGCGCGCAAACCGCUUGACUUAUCAUGGCUACCAGCAGCACUUGAACAAUGUGUUUCAAUUGGGUUGGCAAACAGUAAGUGAGCGUGGAUGUGAACCAAGAGUAUCGAGGACAACAAAGAACAGUAACACAAGAUCAGCUUCCUCUCUACCUUCUUCUCUACCUUCUUCAUAUUUCACCACAUAUCAAGAUUUAUCUGAUUUUGGUAAAUCAUCACAUAGCUCAGCAAAUCAGUGCAAUUAUAGUGCAGAAGAAUACAUACCUUGGCUAAAAAUGGUACCACCUAUUGAUCCUAGAACUCAAUCACCAUCACAAUUAUCACAAGAAACUAAGCCUUCCAAUGUAAACAAGAUGCCUGAUAGAAAUCAAGUAGAGAGCCGGUUAAAUCAGAUCAGGGAUUAUAUUAAAGUUACUGCAACAAUGAUAGAAUCUCUUAGUCGAUCUUCCGAUCUUCGCGCACAAGUCCAGAAGGAAAAAUUAAAUAGAAUGGUGGAAGAUCUUCAAGAUAGUGAGACAAAGCUUUCGAAAUUAUUAGAGCAAUAUCAAAAUCGCAGUGUUUGUGACGAGAAUGGUGAAAACGGAACAGAAGAUGUAGAUGAACGUGGUGAUGCUAAUAGAGAGAUGCGAUUAUUAAGAAAUAUGGAAGAAUAUCAGAAUAAACUCACACAAUUGCAAGAACAACAAGCUAACUUGAUGGACAUGCAGAUACGUGUCAGAGAAAGAUUGAAUGAGGCGCGUCAAGCGCAACAAAUGCUUUUGCAACAAGAGAAUCAACAAGAGAAUCAACAAGAGAAUACAUCUAAUUUGGCUACGUGGGAAGGCAAUCAUGCACCUUUGCCCGAUCCGAUUAAUGUCGAACAACUUGAAUCGGAAACGGCAGCCCUAAGAGGGAAAUUAGCACAACUUCAAAAAAAGAAGAAUCAUAUGGAUCAGCUUGUAACAGAAUUACAAGCCAUAGAGGCUUAUGACAGAGGCACUGUUUCUGAAAGUGCAAGAAACACAAGAGAUAAAGCCGCGGAAUUAGAGGCAAUGAAAGCGCAGCUCGCACAUAUAAAAGCUUUAAUGGAAGAUGGCACAAGAAUUCGCGAUUCUAUGGAUUCUACUUCCGAGUUUGAACAAGAUAUUGAUGUGACCUGUGAAGGUGCAGCAGACAAUGGAAUUACGGAAGAUAUGACGAACAUUUCAUUUGAAUGCCGAAGCGAUAGCGACGACGUCGGUCAUGGCAAAGUUCGAAAUUCUGUGCCUACACUCGAAGAUAUACAAACCGUAACACGAGAACUUAAGGAACAGUCUGCGUUACUUCAAGCUACGCGGGCUGAAAUACAACGUUUAAAACAACCAUUAUCUGGAGUUACCCAUCCUGCUUCUUCGUCCUCCUUUUCAUCUUCAAGUCCACCUCCAGCACUUAUACCUGUAAAUGCAAGUGAAAAGAAGCAGAGUAAUAAUGUUAGUACAGAGACUCAACCCAUGCAAGUUAAAAGACGUCAACUGGAAGAUUUGAUAAAAAAGGAGCAAACGCAACCGUCUAAUGCGAAUCGAGAUGUCCAAGUGCCAGAUCACAAUAGUCAAAGAAGUUCGGGUUCGCAAGCUAGUCAUACCAGUACGCCUGCAAAUAUCUGGCCACCUACUACAUCUGCCACAGGUGGAGGAGGUUCUAAUGAGCAAAGUGUGGAUGGCAUAUCUACGUCAGACAAUUUAUUAGAUAUUGGUCCACAAAUCACUGCGAUUGAGAAUGGUGGAUUUAACAAUAAUUGGUCUACUUGUCCUGUACCACCUGCGUCUAUUGUCAAUCAAGGACAACAUGCUUCAGUUGAAUAUUAUCGGCAAUUAUUAUUAGGUUCGCAAGCUCAACAAUUGCAAAUGAUGGGUACGACAGUACAACAGUGCUGUCAGCUUCUGUGGGCACAACAACGUGAGUUACAAUCCAUGCGUGCCGCUAUUUCUCAACUGCAACUACAAAUGAGAUCGCAAAAUGAGGCACCGCAACGCAUCAACAAUGCCGAAAGUCAGGAGGAAUACUCUAAUCUAAGCCGGAGCGUUCACAAUCUCGGUGAUACGUUGGAUACAACUUUGCCUCCUAGUUCGUCUUUACCAAAUCUUGUGUCACUACCUAAUUCUUCAACAGCAUUAUCACAUACUCCGAUAGUUACUUCUAACUCACAGCAACAACAGCAGCAACAAUUGAAUAAUCAAGUACCUCCUGGUAAUAGAGCAAACAACUACUGGGACAAUUUUCGAAGUUAUUCUCGGCAAAAUCUGCUCUCAGGGAAUGUAAAGACAAUGACUGAUUCUCCAGUAGUUACAGCAAAUUCGGCGUGUUCUGCAAACACAACUAAUACAAGCGGAAGUAGCAUCAAUAGUUCACUAAUAAAAGACAAGCGGAAUAGAGAACAAGGAGCUGAUAAUUUACCUUUACCGUUAAUCAGUGCAGAGGCACAAUAUUCAUUAAACCUUCAAUUACCAUCAAAUUUACAACAGCAAGACAGGGAAAACACUACUAGUCGUAAUAAUAUCAUAACAAACGAGAUGUCUCAACAAGUGGAUAAUCUUUGGGAAGAAGCUCAUAGUUCUUUUCGAUUAGCAUCUACAACAAAUGAUGAUAAUAUCUUUAAUAAUCUCAGUGCAGAGAUGAAAGAAGCAAUUAGUUCGCUCAUCGCAGUAAAUAAAAAACGACCAGAUUUUCUAAUAAUUGUUUUGAGAGAAAUUAAGACUAUUAGUGAAGAUCAUAGAUUGCGAUCUCACUUAUUCAGAUCACUUGCAAAGAUUACUACUUUACAGAAUACACAAACAUUAAAUAAUCCACUGAAUGAGGCACCUGACUUAACUCCAAGCGAAAGUUGUCAAUCUAGUGAUGAGGACUCAGAUGUUGGUGCAAUUUUGGGUUUUGGUUUGGAAAAUCAAUCGUCUAUGACUGAAUUGGUUUCGACAUCUCAUGUAGACACUGCCUCUUCUCCAGCUUCGUCUCAAGUACCAUUAAUAGACCAUUUGGAAAUAUCGGGAACAUUCUCACUUGACUGUGCAAGUACUCUCCCUUCCACUUCUAAUACUAAGCCUGGUUAUAAUGAAGACUUGGCAGAGGCUGAUCAAUCUAGACCUGACUCUUCAGGGAAUCAAAAAUCUUCUGUUGGCGAUAAUAAUGAAAAAGAACAAGAAGAAGCAGCAUCUUUACCGAUGGGUGCGGAAGCAGUUACCCCUGAUUUUGAAAGUCUUGCUGCUAAAACUGAAGAUGAAAGAGCAGAUGAUACUGAACUUGAUAUAUUUCUUACUAGAUUACAUUAUUAAUUUUGAUAUAUUUGCAUAAAAUAAUUAUUUAAAAUU